AUGACGCGCGCUCAGCAGACGCUCUCCGUUCUCCUUCUCGUUUCCUCCCUGUACCUAUCUCUCUAUCUUGGCCUGGUUCCCUUGAACGAGACCAUCCAGACCGAGAUCAUCCCUGUGGUAUGCCGUAAUCCUCCAACACGGACGCAGAACCCCUGCGUCUCUCCAAGCUAUAAUACUGAUAAUGCGAACCACGAGCAGCUUCCGUUCUGGGGAAUCAUUGUCUUCGGAUGCUACCUCCUCGGCCGUCUCGGUAUUGCGAUUUUCACCUUCAACGAUGUGCCCGAAGCCCACGCCGAGCUACAGAAGGAGAUUGAACAAGCCAAGAUCGAGCUGCGCCAGGGCAAGGUUGAUGUUGACUAA